UAAACCCAAAAAGGCCAAAAAGAAAACUUAAAAUAAAUUUUUUUUUCCAAAAAAGAAAAAUUAAAAAAAUAGCAACAAAAAACUGGUGUGUGUGUGUGUGUGAGUGCGUGUGUUGGUUGGUUCUUAUUCUUCUUCUUCUCCAGCUUCCCCCAUUCUUUUUACUUUCUCUCUCACACACUCACACACUAAACCAAAAUUUUACUUUGCUCACUUCCCCUGCUUUCUCUCUCCCCCUUCCUCCUUUUUUUUUUCCCCUUUGUUUUUGUGGAGAGGAAAUAACGCCAUUUCUCCCCUUUUCCUCCAUUCCAUCUCCUUCAUUACCUUCUUCUUCUCCUUUUCUCUCUCUUCAUCUCCAUUUUCUGCGUUUUCAUUACUUUUUUUUUCCUCCCCCUCUUUUUUUUUUCUUUUGUUAUUUAAUAAUAAUAUAUAUAGAACGUAGAGAGGGAGGGAGAGACGGAGGAGGGGUGGGCGGUGGGUCGUUUUUUUUUGAAAUUAUUAAUUAUCUAUAAAUAUUAUUUUUUCCCCGGAAAAUAAUUAUAAAUUGAAGCUUUGAAGGAAGGAUCAAUGGGGGUUCCGGCAAGUGUUACUGCAGGAGUCCAUGUUAGCUUUAGUCUUUGGUGAUGGAAAUCAUCGUCACCGUUCAAUUAUUGCUAUGGAUUUCGACGCCGGAAUUCCGAUAUCCCGAGCUUCUGUCACCGAAGGCUCGUCCUCUCUCGACCAAGAUACUCUGUGGCAAAUGAAUUUGAGAUCAAGGGAACAAAUGGAAGGAGGUACUUAUCCUGUGCGUGAAGGUGAACCAGAUUGUUCUUAUUAUAUCAGAACAGGACUUUGCAGAUAUGGAGCAACAUGCCGUUUUAAUCAUCCUCCCAACAGAAAACUGGCUAUUGCCACGGCAAGGAUGAGAGGAGAAUAUCCAGAAAGACUAGGACAACCAGAAUGUCAGUAUUACUUGAAGACGGGAACUUGUAAGUUUGGAGCUACGUGCAAGUUUCAUCAUCCCAGAGAAAAGGCUGGGGUUGCUGGAAGAGUUACCUUAAAUAUCUUAGGCUACCCGCUCCGUCCGAAUGAACUUGAGUGCGCCUAUUAUCUUAGAACUGGCCAUUGCAAAUUUGGGAGCACUUGCAAAUUUCAUCAUCCACAGCCAGCUAACAUGAUGGUGUCUUUACGUGGAUCUCCUGUCUACCCUCCUGUACAUUCACCUACAACUCCUGGUCAACUGUCAUAUCCCAUGUCCAGGGCUUCUUUUGUUCCCAGCCCACGCUGGCAGAGUCCUUCGAGUUAUGCUCCAGUACUCCUCCCUCAGGGUGUGGUUUCAGUCCCCGGUUGGAAUGCAUUUGGUGCUCAGCUUGGUUCUGCUUCAACUUCUGAGAGCCAGCAGCAAAUGAGGGAGACUGUAUUUCCUGAAAGGCCUGGACAGCCCGAGUGCCAAUUUUACAUGAAAACUGGAGAUUGUAAGUUUGGUGCUGUGUGCAAAUUCCACCACCCAAGAGAGAGAAUAAUUCCUGCUCCUGACUGUGUUCUGAGUCCAAUUGGGCUUCCCUUGCGCCCAGGAGAACCUUUGUGCAUUUUCUACUCUCGAUAUGGAAUCUGCAAGUUUGGCCCCAGUUGCAAGUUUGAUCAUCCCAUGGGUGUAUUUACAUACAACCUAUCAUCUUCUGCAGCUGAUGCUCCUGCUGUGCGACGUCUAAUGGGCUCAUCAUCUGCAGCUAGUAACUUGACUUUGGGUUCAGAAGGUCUUGUUGAAGCCAGCUCAACAAAGACAAGGCGAGUGCCUUUGUCUGAGGCAAGAAAUGAUCAAGAGGAAUGACUAUAGUUCCUCGAAUAUAAUUCAGUUGAUAUCAUUGCCAUCUUUUAGAGGAUAAGAAUGCUCCCCUGUAAAUUUGUCUCCAUUGCUGGAGAUGUACAGAGAUCAUAAGAAGUCAAUCUAAUCUUCUGACUUGAAUAUCAGUUGAAGGGUUGACUUCGUUGAAACAUCUCUUUGCUGCAUUGUAUGAAUCUGCUGAUAUUUAUCACUUUUGGUGAAAUCAAAUGUGAAGAUAUUCUCUUCUCCAACUGUCCUUUUGUUUGCUUAUUAGGGCCCAUCAAAGUGUCUUCUGUGAAGACUUUUCUCUUUCGUUUUAUUUCUUCUGCAUUGGCUUAGUGUGCGGCUGACACUUUUGUCCAAUCUGCUUCUGGUUAGUGCAUGAUUCAACUGGUGUGAUUUCGUGCUCUGAGCAUAGGAUUAUCUUCUUGGCUGUUCAGUUUUAUAAUCUCUGUUGAUCAUGUGAGGGAUAUAAACACAUUUGAUGUUUUGGCUAAUUAGAUAUUUAUUUUCAAGUGCUGUUUUUUGCUCUUUAAUUUUGCAGCUAAGUGGAUCACCUGUGAUUUUUUCUCCUUGUCACUUUUCUUGAUCAGGGACUUGGUCUGGGAACAGUAGAGAUUUGUUUAGUUUAAUAAUCUCUGUUGCUCAUGUGAGGGAUACACAUACAUUUGAUGUUUUGGCCAAUUGGACACAUAUUUUCUAGUGCUGUUAUUUGCUCUCCAAUUUUGCAGCUAAGUGGAUCACCUGCCAUAUUUUUCCUUUCCACUUUCUUGAUCAGGGAGUUAGUCUAGGAAUGGUAGAGAUUUGUUUGGUACUCGACUUUUCCUCGGUAGAAUUAAUGUUUUCUAUUAGCUUGGCAUCUCUAGUUCUGCUGUGUUCUGAGUGAACAUUUUUUGGGUCCUGUGCAAGAGCAUCUUUCAAAUAAUUGUGUGUAGCUGCUUUUUGCUAACAAUUGUUAUUCAUAUUUAAGAAAGUUACAGCUAGGCUGGGCGAAGGAGAGGAUAUGCAUUGUCAUAAUCAUCCUGGAAAUUGGAAGGUCAAGUAAGUGCUUUUGUAGCCCUUUGGUAUGCAUUGCCAUUACGGAAUUACGAUUUAUUUGAAAAAGUUGUCGUCAUUGCUUCUGAAAUAUAUACUCCCUCCGUCCCGAAAUUAUUGUCUAGUUUGAAUUUUUAGUUUAGUACAAAUUGAAUUGAAAGUGAAAAUCCAAACUGGACAAUUAUUUUGGGACAGAGGGGAGUAGUUUAUUAUGAAUGGUUGUCUAGCUAUCACAUUUCUCUUAUUUUUCACUUCUUGCUCAGCUGGAACUUUGGGCUGCUGAUGGAUGGCUGAUUCCGUUAUCAUAGUGAGUAUCAAGGUCUCGGGGAAUAGAACUCAUAAGCUAUGCUUCCGUAUUUCUAGGUACAGCGAUUUUUAAAAUACAUCUCAAUAUUAUAUAAGGAAAACAAAAAAAGAGCUCAAAGGAAUCUACCGUGCAUUCAUAUAUCAGGCUUGACUAGACUUCUGGACUGCUACCAUUUCAUUGCCCUUCCUUGUUGGACUGGAAUUCUUUUUUUAUCUUUUUUUUUUUUGGGGGG